UGCUCUCGCUGAUUUGUUCUGCGGGGUUUCACCGCAGUGACGGACUGAUCACGUUUUUGUUCGGCCAAUCAGAGGCGGCGGAGAUGCUCAGCAGCGCUAUAAAUCCAACAUGAAAACAGCGAAGGAAGCAGGAAUGAAAAACAAUAGAUACCUUCACAAAGACCACGCAUCCAGAGGCUCUUAUAGUCUUUUGAUAUUUUCCUACACUUAACAUAAGGUUUUGGUCAAGAAAAUGGCCACCUCAGCAAGUUCAAAACUGAACAAAGCUGUUAAGCAGCAGUACAUGAACCUCCCUCAGGGGGACAAGGCCCAAGCCAUGUACAUCUGGAUAGAUGGCUCUGGAGAGGGACUGCGCUGCAAGACCAGAACUUUGGAUUCUGAACCCAAGACGAUUGAGGAUCUUCCUGAGUGGAACUUUGAUGGCUCCAGCACCUACCAGUCAGAGGGCUCCAACAGCGAUAUGUUCCUGAUCCCUGCAGCCAUGUUCAGGGACCCGUUCAGAAAAGACCCCAACAAGCUGGUGCUUUGUGAGGUGCUCAAGUACAACCGCAAGCCAGCAGAGACCAAUCUGCGGCAAACCUGUAAACAGAUCAUGAGUAUGGUGGAGAAUAACCACCCAUGGUUCGGUAUGGAGCAGGAGUACACUCUCCUGAGCACGGAUGGACACCCCUUUGGCUGGCCCUCCAACGGCUUCCCAGGUCCACAAGGGCCUUAUUACUGUGGAGUGGGAGCAGAUAAGGCAUAUGGGCGAGACAUAGUGGAAGCGCACUACAGAGCCUGUCUGUACGCUGGGGUUGACAUCUGUGGCACCAAUGCUGAAGUCAUGCCAGCUCAGUGGGAGUUCCAGGUUGGGCCUUGUGAAGGAAUCAACAUGGGGGACCAUCUGUGGGUUGCUCGCUUCAUCCUUCACAGAGUGUGUGAGGAUUUCGGUGUGGUGGUCUCUUUUGACCCCAAACCAAUCUCAGGGAACUGGAAUGGUGCCGGUUGCCACACCAACUUCAGCACAAAGGAGAUGCGAGAGGACGGCGGACUGAAAAUCAUUGAGGAGUCGAUCGAAAGACUGGCAAAGAGACACAGGUAUCACAUCCGUGCCUACGAUCCCAAAGGCGGGCUCGACAAUGCCAGACGUCUCACCGGUCAUCACGAAACCUCGAGCAUCGACGAAUUCUCGGCUGGCGUGGCCAAUCGUGGCGCCAGCAUCCGCAUCCCUCGCUCGGUAGGGCAGGACAAGAAGGGCUACUUUGAGGACCGCCGUCCGUCUGCCAACUGCGACCCUUACAUCGUUACAGAGGCGCUAGUGCGCACGUGUUUACUUAAGGAAGAAGGAGAGGAGCCCACAGAUCACAGCAAAUGAACAGUCUUAAGACCAAGUGUCAUUACCAGUACUGUAUUUAGCCAUGUUCUUUCAAGACUUGGAUUGAUCUUUACCAUUUUAAAUUUAAAAUUUAUACAGCAAGUCUUAACCUCUGGCUCAAACACUGCCAACACAUUUUAUCAUGAUGUCAUGAUAUCUGAUAACAUGUAUAGAAUGACAUUAUUGUAAUGUUAACUGGUACUAAUGAAAAACUGUCUGUAGAUCUUGUAACUCUAACCCAAAGGAUCCCAAAGGCAUUUGAAUGUUUUUAGUAGUCUUGGCCUGUCACAAUGGUGGUUUUAUCAUGUUGUGGAUAGAUACAGUAAGGUCACUAUGUAAGGCAACAUAGCCAAUCUACUUUUGUGUGUGUGUGUGUGUGUGUGUGUGUGUUGUUUUUUUUAAUAAUGCAUGUUUUUCACUUGCUAUUGUCAAAAAAUAAACAGCUAACAUUUUAGA